UUCGAAAUUUCAAAACUAACUCUCUCUCUCUCUCUCUCUCUCUCUCUCUCUCUCUCUUCGCCCGUCGUCAUCGUUUCCACCGCAGAUCUAGGUCUUUGAACGUCAAAGUUUCGAGCUUGCCUCAGAUCCAGGCGAUCUGAUUCGGACGCCGUAGUCGUCGCCGCCGCCACCAACUUCCGAAGCCAAGAAUGGAGAACCUGAUCUCGCUGGUGAACAAAAUCCAGAGAGCUUGUACUGCUCUAGGUGACUAUGGCGAAGGUAGCGCAUUACCGACUCUUUGGGACUCUCUUCCCGCCAUCGCCGUCGUCGGUGGACAGAGUUCCGGGAAGUCUUCUGUCUUGGAGAGCAUUGUUGGGAAGGAUUUCUUACCACGUGGUUCUGGAAUUGUUACUCGGCGUCCACUUGUCUUGCAACUUCAUAAGAUUGAUGAAGGAAGCAGAGAAUAUGCGGAAUUUCUCCAUCUUCCAAGAAAGAGGUUCACUGAUUUUGCUGCUGUGAGAAAGGAGAUUUCAGAUGAGACAGAUCGAGAAACCGGCCGCAGUAAACAAAUCUCUAGCGUUCCAAUUCAUCUUAGCAUAUAUUCUCCUAAUGUUGUCAACUUGACACUUAUUGAUCUUCCCGGGCUUACAAAAGUGGCUGUUGAGGGUCAAUCGGAAAAUAUUGUGCAAGACAUUGAAAAUAUGGUUCGCUCCUACAUUGAGAAGCCCAACUGUAUAAUUCUAGCUAUUUCACCUGCCAAUCAAGAUCUUGCUACAUCUGAUGCAAUUAGGAUCUCUCGCGAAGUGGAUCCAACAGGGGAGAGGACACUUGGAGUCUUGACAAAGAUUGAUCUUAUGGACAAGGGUACUGAUGCAGUUGACAUGUUGGAAGGAAAGUCAUAUCGGCUAAAGUUUCCUUGGGUUGGGGUUGUGAAUCGCUCACAAGCAGAUAUUAACAAGAAUGUAGACAUGAUUGCUGCCAGGCGUAGAGAACGUGAGUAUUUUUCUACCACCCCAGAAUACAGGCACCUUGCUCACAGAAUGGGUUCUGAGCAUCUAGCAAAAAUGCUUUCUAAGCAUUUGGAAACUGUAAUUAAGUCAAAAAUUCCUGGCAUCCAGUCCCUUAUUAGCAAGACUGUUGCUGAACUUGAAACUGAACUGAGUCGUCUUGGAAAGCCUAUUUCUGCUGACGCUGGAGGUAAACUAUAUACCAUCAUGGAGAUUUGUCGCUUUUUUGAUGGGAUAUAUAAAGAACAUCUUGAUGGCGUGCGUCCAGGUGGUGAUAAGAUAUACAAUGUUUUUGAUAAUCAGCUUCCUGCUGCUCUGAAAAGAUUGCAAUUUGACAAGCAGCUUUCAAUGGAAAAUAUACGAAAGCUCAUCACUGAAGCUGAUGGAUAUCAACCUCAUCUUAUAGCUCCUGAACAAGGUUAUCGUCGUCUCAUUGAAUCCUCUGUAGUUAGCAUAAGAGGUCCUGCUGAGGCAGCUGUUGAUGCGGUUCACAUCAUUUUGAAGGAUCUGGUUCACAAGGCUAUCAGUGAGACUCCAGAAUUAAAGCAGUAUCCUGCUCUCAGAGUAGAGGUUACAAAUGCAGCUACUGAGUCGCUCGAGAGAAUGAGAGAACAAAGCAAGAAGGCAACACUACAGCUAGUUGAUAUGGAAUGUAGUUACCUGACAGUUGAUUUCUUCCGUAAACUUCCCCAAGACAUUGACAAGGGCGGAAACCCAUCGCAUUCACUUUUUGAUAGAUACAAUGAUUCAUAUCUCAGGCGGAUUGGGUCUAAUGUUCUGGCGUAUGUCAAUAUGGUAUGCGCAAGCUUGCGUAACUCCAUCCCCAAGUCUGUGGUCUAUUGCCAAGUUCGAGAGGCAAAACGAAGCUUACUUGACCAUUUCUUCACUGACUUGGGAAAACUGGAGACAAAGCGGCUGUCGUCGUUACUGAAUGAGGAUCCGGCAGUAAUGGAGAGGCGUACUUCCCUUGCAAAGAGGCUGGAGCUAUACAGGAGUGCUCAAGCAGAAAUAGAUUCAGUUGCUUGGGCGAAGUAGAUGUGUGUGCAGGACAUCUGCUAUACCUUUCGAACGUGGAUUUUGUCGAGAUGGCCACACGAUUCAUUCAUUUACGAUUUUGUUGUAAUGGUGGGCAGGAAGGCGGGUUCGGAGGCAUUUUGUUUAUUUUUAUUCAUGUACUAACGAGUUGGUGUGAGGUGAUGCCAUCUUUCACUUGAUAUCGCUAUGCUUGUUUUUCAGCUGCAACAUUUCUAUAGUAUAUAUGUGAUUUGCUUCUGAUGUGCCA